CUUUAGACAUGGGCCGUCAGAAAAAUCUCCAAGGAAAAUGAACCCGAUGCUGAGCCUGGGCCUGCUUCUGGCUGGCCUCCUCAUUGUGGAGGGUCUUCUGAAUCCCAACUUCUCUCCAACGAAUCAUGGAACUUGGAGCCAGGCCCAAAUACGGGAUGGAAAGGAGGCAGCCCAGGAGCUUGCAAGGCGGAACGCAAAAUUUGGCUUAAAGCUGUACAGGAAGCUGGCCGCCGGUGACCCUAACAAGAACAUCUUCUUCUCACCCUUGGGCAUCGGUAUCGCCUUUUCCAUACUGUCUCUGGGUGCCCAGGACUCCACGCUGGCUGAGAUCAAGCAAGGCUUCAACUACAGGAAUAUGCCAGAGAAAGAGCUUCACAAAGGUUUCCAUUACCUCAUCCACGUGUUGAACCAGAAGAACCAGGAAGUUGAGCUGGCCCUCAGGAACGCCCUGUUCAUGGACCGGGAGUUGCGGCCACAGAAGAAAUUCAUGACAGAUAUCAAGAAAAUGUACAAUGCAGACACGGUCCUCACCAGCUUUCAGAAUUUGGAAAAUACUCGGAAGCAGAUCAAUGAGUUUAUCCGUCAGAAAACCCACGGGAAAAUCAAAAACCUAAUCAACAAUAUAAACCCUGGCACUGUAAUGCUUCUUAUAGAUUGUGUUUUCUUGCGAGCCAGGUGGCUACAUCACUUGGCUCAGUGUCCUGAAAGUUAG